AGAUGUUAUGUGAAGAUUUGUUCGUGUACUCCGAUUCAUAUGAAUGUAUUUGGGGUUGAAACUACUUAUAUGUGUUCAAUAUUAAGGCAGUGAAAGAAAUUGUGUUUACUAGUAUUACUAAAAAUUAGUAAUUUGUACUGUAGUAGUAAUAAUAUUAUUAUUAUUAAUACUAUUACUAGUAUUAGUUAUUAAUACUGUUAUUACUGGCUCACUCGUCGAUAUUGGAUAUCUUAUUAUUGCCACCGUAGGCAUUUACAGUGUUACCAUUGCUAUAAAUUAUAAUGUUAAUAUGAUUUUGAUUAAAUUUGAACAGUGUCGUUUGACAUAGCUAAACUUAAGUUUAAGACGCACAGUGAAAGUAUUGAAACUAAUUCCAGUGUAUAAACUGUAACUCGAGUAAGCGUGGAUUCCCAACCGCAAUGUUUUCUACAAACCAAGUCCAAAAUGAACACCUGCUCUUUUCAAAUUCUGUAAGUGAAAGCCCAAGAAGAAGACCUUUACGUCUCCAGUACACAACAAUUUGUGCACCAAUGGUUCGAUACUCAAAGCUUCCAUUUAGAAUGUUAGUUCGAAAGUAUGGUUGUGAUUUAGCAUUUACCCCAAUGAUUGUGUCAAAUUCAUUUGUUCAUUCAGCCAAGGCCCGUGAUAAUGAGUUCACCACCUGUUUAGGUGAUAGACCUCUGAUUGUACAGUUUGCUGCCAACAAUGCUACAGAUCUUGCUGAUGCAGCUGAGCUAGUUGCUCCAUGGGCAUUAGCAGAACAUUAUGGUGCCUACCUUAUAAACAAUGCAGAACUCGUCAAAGACAUGGUCCUUCAAACAAGAAAUCGAAUUAGUGAUCAGAAGUUUUUGAUUUCUAUCAAAAUAAGAAUCCACUAUGACAUUAGAAAAACUGUAGAUUUAUGCCAGAAAGCACAGCAAGCUGGGGUGUCAUUUAUCACGAUACAUGGACGUACUUUAGAGCAGAGGAAAGAACCAGUAAAUGUUCAAGCUAUCAAAACUGUGAAAGACAGUUUAAAUAUUCCAGUUUUUGGUAAUGGAGAUGUGUUCUCACUGGAAGAUGCUGAUAAACUCUAUGAACAGACAGGAGUUAAUGGUGUAAUGUCAGCUAGAGGACUUCUGCAGAAUCCAGCAUUGUUUGUUGGCUAUCAUUAUACCCCUAGAGACUGUGUACAAGAUUGGCUGGACAUUUCACUGAACCUUGGGACCCAUUUCACCAGCUUCCAUCACCAUCUGAUGUACAUGCUGGAGAAAGUCAUGCCUCGUCCUGAACGCAGAGUUUUCAAUACACUAAGCAGCACAGCUGCUGUUUUGGAUUACCUUCGAGUGAAUUAUGAUCUUUGUUGACAAUUAGAAAAUGUUGUGUAACUUCUUAUUACUCUUUUUUAGAUGUAUGUACGAUUAUGGUAGUGUAGCUCCUUAGUGGCUCGGUGGUAAGUCUGAAGGCUUAUACUGCUAAAAGUUGGGUUUCAAUAUAUAGCCCAUUUUGUAGCUUUGUGUUUAUUAACAAAAACAUAUUUUUGUAUUUAAUCUGUGAGGAUUUUGAAGUUUUUAUGAAAUUUUCAUUGGAUAUACAGUAUUUUAGUAAUUUUUUCCAUACUUACACUGGUUAAAUUCAGAUAUUUGUUUUUAUUUGUGAACAGAGCUGAUUGCAUUAACACUACAAAGAUUCUAAAAAUAUUACAAGUGCUGUAAUCACUUUUAUCACAAAGGUAAUAUGAUAAAUAGUGUUUUAAAAUAAUUUUAAUUACUAAAGUAUGAUUUUUUUAAUUUAUAAAUUUAUGUACUUGUUUUAUGUUUUAGAGAUAAUGUUAUUUAUCAUCAUAAUUCGUGAAAAUAACCAUGCUGGUUAAAUCUGAAUAAAAAUUAAACUGGUAAAGAUACUAUUUUUUAGCCACUUGACAGUAACUUAUCCCUAAAUGUUCUUUGAAAUGUUAAGGCAGUGAAACACUACUAAUAGCUAAGUUGUUAGAAAAUUCUUUGUAGAUGGAAGUGUUUAUUUUUUGUGUUUUAUUUCAACCUCAAUGUUAUAUUUUAAAAAAUCAGCUUUUUUGGGUUUGUAAUAAUUGAAUUUUUAUAUUCCAUUUUUCUCAGUGUUCUUUCAUGAUGGGACUUAGAUAACUUACUGAAAUGUACUUAAAAGUUUCUGAACAGUGCAAGAUUAUUAAAACAUAUUUUCUCAGUAA